GAUAUCAGUAUAAACUCUAUUGUCUAUAUAGAAUAUUAUAUAGAUCUUAAUUCUUUAAUGUACUAAAACCAAGCGCAUUUGCAUACAGUCUCACAAUUAUUUUCAGAUAUAGAAUAAAUAAAUGUUAUCAUUGUAAUCUAUCCUGUGGUACAGUACCGCACAUAAUACAGAUUGUAAUAUAAUAUUAUAGUAUACUCUAGUCUUUAAUAAUAUUUGGAUACAUAAGAUUAGAUAAUUGUCUGAUUAGUUACCUAUUGAUUGAGAUGAACCGCUUUUAAUAUCCUCCUCGUACAAGUUUUUUGAUAUUCUUCAUUGAAAACAUGCAAAAAUACGAAAAACUAGAUAAGAUCGGAGAGGGCACUUACGGUACGGUGUUCAAAGCAAAAAACCGUGAAACUUUAGAGAUUGUUGCACUGAAACGUGUGAGACUUGAUGAUGAUGACGAGGGUGUUCCUUCAUCGGCUCUGCGUGAAAUCUGUUUGCUGAAGGAGUUGAAACACAAGAAUAUUGUAAGACUUUAUGAUGUACUUCAUAGUGAUAAAAAAUUGGUACUUGUUUUUGAACACUGUGAUCAAGAUUUGAAAAAAUAUUUUGAUAGUUUGAAUGGAGAAAUUGACCCUAAUGUUGUGAAAUCAUUCAUGUACCAAUUAUUGCGUGGAUUAGCAUUUUGCCAUAGUCACAAUGUCUUGCAUCGUGAUCUUAAACCACAAAAUCUUCUUAUAAACAAGAACGGAGAAUUGAAACUAGCUGAUUUUGGUUUGGCUAGAGCAUUUGGAAUACCAGUUAAAUGUUAUUCUGCAGAAGUUGUUACUUUAUGGUACAGACCUCCUGAUGUUCUAUUUGGUGCUAAACUUUACACAACUUCUAUUGAUAUGUGGUCUGCUGGAUGUAUAUUUGCUGAGUUAGCCAAUGCUGGAAGACCUCUAUUUCCUGGUUCAGACGUAGAUGAUCAAUUGAAACGGAUAUUUAAACUUUUGGGAACACCAACUGAUGAGACAUGGCCUAAUAUGACAACUCUGCCGGAUUUUAAACCAAUGCCAAUGUAUCAGCCUAAUAUGACUUUUGUACAGGUAGUACCCAAAUCAACAACAAAAAUGCGAGAUUUACUACAAAGACUUCUAGUGUGCAAUCCAUCUCAUAGAAUAUCAGCAGAACAAGCAAUGAGCCAUAUAUACUUUGCAGACAUAAAUUUGUUACCAAAAUAAUUUAUCAUUGCUUUUUACUUUAGAAUUUUAAAUGCCAAAUAUAAUUAAAUGUGCAAUACAGUGUUAACAGUAAAAAUACAAAUUUAAUUUUUGGAGUGUUAGUAUUAUAAAUCCAACUUAAAUAUAUAGCGCUCGCUAGAAUUAACUGUUGUUAACUUCUCAAGCUAUAGCUAUUUUUUUUUUAUUCCUAUCUACCCUUGUCCUGUUCUAACCAGAUCUUAUUUUCUGAUUUUAAUGUAUUUGACCUCCUAAUGUUUUCCUAUUCUAUGAAGUUUUUUUUUAUAUAUUUUGUGGAAUAUAUACAUAACUUUAUUUAAAUUAUUUAAUUAAUUUGAUUUUUAAAGUAUAAUUUAAUAUUUCUAUUUUUGGUUAAAUUAAUUUCAG